UGGGCGGCUGAGGCGCCCCGGGGUCGGCGGGAAACUGGCGGGCGCCGAGCCGCCGGACCGGCCGGGCUCGGCUCGGCCCGGUGAGGGGCGGGAAGGGUAGGGUAGGGUAGGGCAGGUUGGCGAGCCGAGCCGAGCCCUUCCCUUCCCCACCCCGCCCGGGUCCCCGUGCGAUGCGGAGGGGCGGAGAUGGCCGCCGCCUGAGGUGGCCGAGGCGGCGCGGAGCGGCGGGGGAGGCCGGGGAAAGUUCCCCGCAGCACACGCCGAAGAGGAGCGCGGAGGGGCGGCGAGCCGCAGCAGGUUUCCUCCCUUCUGCACGCGCAAGUGCAGCAUCCAGCAGAUGAAGACAAAAGACACACGGAAGGCUGUUUGGAGUUGUACUGUAGAACGUGUUACGUUUCAGAGGACGAAAUGUACUGGUGCGGAUGAAGAGUGAAGCAGCAAGCUCAGAGAUGAAGCACUGUGCCCUGCGAUACUGAUUUUGCUGGUUGUCACCAUUGGAGGAUGGCUGCCAUACACUGUGAAAAUUGUUCUGGUCAGUACCACUACACCCAGGUCAACCAACCUCUUGAAAUCAGCUGCACGUUGCUCCUGAUCAUGCUCGGAAAAGUGUUCCUUGAUUUCUUCAUGUUGCAAGUUAAGCAAAAAAAUGUGAAAGUUAGUUUUAUGGGAUACUUCUGUGUUUCACUGGCACUUCUUGAUUUUACACUGCUGAUGAGUAUAUUCUUCAUUUUCUAUUUUGAGGACUUUGCACUCUGGGGUCUGCGAUUUACAAAGUACCACAUUUGCCUGUUCACGCAGAUUAUUUCUCUUACCUACGGUAUUUUGCAUUACCCGGUGUAUCUUGCGGCUGGUCUGGAUUAUUACAUGACUAUAGCACAAACUUCUCAAUUUCCUAGAAGAGGUCAAAGAUUACUUUAUGUAUUUGCUGUGGCUGUUAUAUGGAUUUCAGGGUUUUUUUGUAUUCUGAAAGUUCCUGCUACCUAUGAAGAACUAGAAAUUCAGAACCAUUUUUCUCCUUAUCAGUGUCCUCUCUAUGCCAGCGUGCAGAGCUACUUGGUCUCGUGUGCCAUGGUGCUGCUCAUAGGCACAGCUCUCCUGGCUUGUUGGAAGGAGCUUAUAGCCAUGCUGCUGUCUGUGAGGGUGGUCUCCUUUGCCGAUCAGCCUGUUCUGAUGUUCUCCUAUGUGUCUAACAACAAGGGCACUUGCUUGAAGUGGCAGCUCCUGACCAGACUCCUCCUCUGUUUUCUUGGCACUUGGGCACCUUUUGUUCUUCUUCAAAUUAUCAUUUUGUUUCUUGGUGCUCGGAUUCCAGCCUACAUGGAGAUGAACGUCCCCUGGCUGUACUUCAUCAACAGCUUUCUCAUUGCAGUAGCAUACUGGUGUCGAUGCCAUGAUGUUGAAUUGACAGAGGAGAUGUGGUCUACAGAUCCAUUUGUCAGCUGGAAAUUCUGCUUUAUGCCAUUUAACAAUGAAAACACAGAGCCAGCUGAUAAACCAGGCACAGUAAUUGUAAUCUGUUAAUGAGCUGCUGACUGAAAAAGACUGCAAAUAAGUGCUGUGUGACAGAAGUGUGUACUCUGACGUUCUGCGACCAUGUCCUUACAGAUAAUACAAGGAAACAUCUCAAGGAAAUACAAGGAAAAGAGCUACAACUCAUGGAAAAAAGUCCAGCAUCCAGCAAUAUUGUAACAAAUAUUGCACCAGCCUGUGGGACACUGUGCACUUCCACACUGGGUUCCAGUGGGCAGUGAGCACCUGCCAGUUCAGAGAAUUUAACUUGAAAGUACGGGUUUAAGAAAAGACCACUACUUACAAAAAACAAUUUUUCAGUUAAACCUUAUGUUUAUUACUCGAAUUUUACACUUACUUUAAAUGGAAAUGAUCUCAGGUUUUAUAGUACAAACUGCAAUAAAGUCUUUUUCAAAGCUGGA